CACCCAAGCUCUCGUACAUAACAAAAGUUUCGGUUCAUGUGACGAGCAAUCAUAACACAAAUGGCAGCGGUGAGCGCCUGUCCGGCCAUCCACUCACUGCCUUUCCUUCUCCUGCUCCUCGUCGCUGCCGGCGAGGCCACCAUGUUAAACAUCACCAACCGAUGCUCCUACACCGUGUGGCCGGCUGCCAUGCCGGUUGGCGGUGGCGUGCAGCUCGACCCGGGGGCGACGUGGACCCUCAACGUCUCCGGGCUCGCCUCCCGCGGGCGCGUGUGGGCGCGCACGGGCUGCUCAUUCAACGGCAGAGGCAGCGGCUCGUGCCAGACGGGCGACUGCGGCGGCAUGCUCGCCUGCAAGGCCUACGGCCGGCCGCCCAACACGAUGGCUGAGUUCACAAUCGGCCAGUUCAACAGCACCGAUUUCUUCGACUUGUCCUUCGUCGACGGCUUCAACGUGCCCAUGGACUUCCUGCCGUUGCAGGACCAGGGAGGGCCAGGGUGCAGCAAAGGGCCACGCUGCGCCGCCAACAUCACGUCGCAGUGCCCAAGCGAGUUGACAGCCCCUGGGGGCUGCAACAACGCAUGCACUGUGUUCAAGCAGGAUCGAUACUGCUGCACCGGGAAUGCAGCGUACAAUUGCGAACCCACCAAAUACUCUUUGUUGUUUCAGCAAAUCUGCCCAGAUGUCUACGACUACUCCAUGGAUGCUGACUGGAAGAAGACGUUCACUUGCCCGUUGGGGACCAACUACCAGAUCGUCUUCUGCCCACCGAUCGAUCUAAAUACUUCUUCUCCAAGCACGGGAUCGUCGUCAUCCAGCAAACGGCGCAUUGGUCUGAUUCUAGGUACUGUGGUCGGUUUCAUCUUAAUUGCCGGAUUCCUCCUUUUUUUCGUGCAUAGACGAAGAACGCGACAGCACCGGGAGAUGGACGAAGAGGAGGAAGAGUUUGGGAAGCUACAAGGAACACCAAUGAGGUUCACAUUUCAUCAGUUAGAAGUAGCAACCGAGCAAUUCAGAGACAAGCUUGGCGAAGGAGAAUUUGGUUCUGUGUUUGAGGGACAGCUUGGUGGGGAAAGGAUUGCAGUAAAACAUUUGGAUCAAGCAGGUCAAGGAAAGAAAGAAUUCUCAGCAGAGGUUCAGACGAUCGGCAGCAUCCACCAUAUCAAUCUGGUGAAACUAAUUGGUUUCUGCGUGGAGAAAUCACAUAGGCUUUUGGUAUACGAGUAUAUGCCGAAAGGAUCCUUGGACAGAUGGAUCUAUUGUCAAGAUGAUAAUACUGAUCCUCCCAUGGAUUGGAGCACGCGAUGCAAGAUUAUCACUCACAUAGCUAAGGGUCUCUCUUAUCUUCACGAGGAGUGCACGAAAAGAAUUGCUCAUUUAGAUGUUAAACCACAAAAUAUUCUCUUAGAUGACAACUUCAAUGCCAAACUUUCUGAUUUUGGAUUAUGCAAGCUCAUUGAUAGGGAUAUGAGCCAAGUGGUUACUCGAAUGAGAGGCACACCUGGAUAUUUAGCUCCUGAAUGGUUGACAUCACAAAUCACAGAAAAGGCUGAUGUCUAUAGCUUCGGCAUUGUGGUAAUAGAAAUCAUCAACGGAAGACAGAAUCUCGACCCUUCCCGGUCCGAAGAGAGCAUGCAUCUUAUUACCCUUCUGGAAAAAAAGGUGAAGCAUGAUAACUUGGUAGAUAUGAUUGACAAGACCAGUAAUGAUAUGCAAGCACACGAGCAAGAUGUAAUUCAGAUGAUGAAGCUCGCAAUGUGGUGUUUGCAAAUUGAUUGCAAAAGAAGGCCUAAAAUGUCCAAGGUAGUCAAGGUCUUGGAAGGUACCAUGAAUGCAGAGAGCAAUAUAGAUCAUAACUUUGUUGCAACGAAUCAAGUGAAUUGUCGCAUUGCUGACAAUGCGGCUUCUUCAGUUCCACCUCUAGCCUCACAUGUAUCAGGCCCCAGCUAGAGGGUCUUUCUAUGUUUUAAGCGGAAUAUUUAAGAUUUUGAGCCCAUAGAGCUGUGUCGAAGGCAUGAAAGCAUCACUGCACUGACUGCAGCUACAGGGGCUGCAUACUGCACCAGAACUAUAUCCUUGGAACUUUGGGACAAUAUCAAAUGCUUUUACAGCUAUAAAAUGCUUUUGCUGGGACAUGGAAAUGGUGAACAGGAGGAAGCCCAAUGACGGAUCCAUGAUUGGAUAAGCAAAAUGAGCUUUGUGAGGGAAUAACCGAGCACCGGGCAUCAACUGGAUUUGACAAGGGAACUUGCCAGUUCUAAUGAACCAAAGCUAGAAAUUGUACAACUAUAACGAUACUGUUCUUUGACAUAUGCACAUCACUAAGUGAUGCCAAGUUUAUGUCACAUUUAGUUUCUACUCAAUUAGUUU